GCACAUUUUUAAAAGGAUCAGGCUGCAGCAACAUUUCCUCUAAGAGUGACCAUGAAGCUACAACAGGACCUUUCCGUUUGUGUGCUGCUGGCUCUUUGUUUGACAUGGAGUGUGAAUGGGGGUAAGAUUUUAGUGUGGCACACGGAGGCCAGCCACUGGAUUAACAUUAAGCCUGUGCUGGACACACUGGUCGACAGAGGACACCAGGUGACGGUCCUCAUACCAAGUGCAUCAUUGUUCAUGGACAGCAAGUCUUCAAGUUUUCAUUACGAACCCUUCAACGUGUCAGUCUCAAUGGAGGAGAUGGAGAAAUAUUUUGAUGACUACAUUUACUUUUCCAUGUAUGAAAUAGAUCAAAUGAACAACUUGCAGAUGUACAUCAAAUACAUGGAUUUGAUGAGGCAAGAACUGAAGUAUUCCUUGAAGUAUUUAGAUGGAAUUAUAAAAUCACAACCCAUCAUGAAGAAGCUGAAGGAAGAAAAGUAUGACCUUCUUUUGGCUGACCCCAUUUUCCCCGGCAGUGAGUUAUUAGCUGAUAUUUUGGGCACCCCUUUGGUUUUUACUUUGCGCUUUUCCUUGGUCAAUAACUGGGAGAGGCACUGUGGCCAGUUACCCGCUCCACCUUCUUUUGUCCCCGGUGAUAUGAGCAAACUAACCGACAAGAUGGAUUUCUCAGAGAGAGUGUGGAACACUUUAUUCUAUUUAAUUAAUGACCUGGCGAUAUAUGAUGUUAAUUGGAAAGAAUUAGAUAAAUAUUACUCCGAAUUCAAAGGUAACCACUGGAUUAACAUUAAGCCUGUGCUGGACACACUGGUCGACAGAGGACACCAGGUGACGGUCCUCAUACCAAGUGCAUCAUUGUUCAUGGACAGCAAGUCUUCAAGUUUUCAUUACGAACCCUUCAACGUGUCAGUCUCAAUGGAGGAGAUGGAGAAAUAUCUUGAUGACAUCCUAUACUUUUCCAUGUAUGAAAUGGAUCAAAUGAACUACUUGCAGUUGUACAUCAAAUCCAUGGAUAUGAUGAGGCAUGACAUGCAGUAUUCCUUGAAGUAUUUGGAUGGAAUUAUGAAAUCACAACCCAUCAUAAAGAAGCUGAAGGAAGAAAAAUAUGACCUUCUUUUGGCUGACCCCAUUUUCCCCGGCAGUGAGUUAUUAGCUGAUAUUUUGGGCACCCCUUUGGUUUUUACUUUGCGCUUUUCCUUGGUCAAUAACUGGGAGAGGCACUGUGGCCAGUUACCCGCUCCACCUUCUUUUGUCCCCGGUGAUAUGAGCAAACUAACCGACAAGAUGGAUUUCUCAGAGAGAGUGUGGAACACUUUAUUUUAUUUAAUUAAUGACCUGGUGAUAUAUGAUGUUUCUUGGAAAGAAUUAGACAAAUAUUACUCCGAAAUCAAAGGGACACCCACCAGUGCCUGUGAGUUGAUGGGUAAAGCAGACAUCUGGUUGAUGCGAACCUACUGGGACUUUAAUUUCCCUCACCCCAUCCUCCCAAACUUCAAAUAUGUUGGUGGAAUCCACUGCAAACCUGCUAAACCUUUGCCAGAGUACAUGGAAGAAUUUGUGCAGAGUUCAGGAGACGCUGGCAUUGUGGUCUUCACUUUGGGAUCUAUGAUCAAGAACAUCACCAAAGAGAAAGGAAACAUGAUUGCCUCGGCCCUUGCUCAGAUCCCACAAAAGGUGCUGUGGAGAUACAAAGGAGAAAAACCAGAGACUCUGGGUGCCAACACUAGAAUUUAUGACUGGAUUCCCCAGAAUGACCUGCUGGGUCACCCCAAGGCCAGAGCUUUCAUCACUCAUGGUGGCACAAAUGGUAUUUAUGAGGCCAUCUACCACGGUGUUCCCAUGGUGGGCAUCCCCAUGUUUGCUGACCAGCCAACAAACAUGGUCCAUAUGAAGGCUAAGGGAGCUGCACUCACUGUGGACUUAAACUUCAUGAAGACAGAGGACCUUAGAGAUGCCGUCAAUACUGUCAUCAAUGAUGAAUCGUACAAGGAGAGUGCCAUGCGGCUGUCCAGGAUCCACCAUGACAGACCCAUAAGUCCUCGGGAUGAGGCAAUAUACUGGAUCGAGUUCACCAUGAGAAACAAGGGUGCCGCACAUCUGCGAGUCCAAGCCCAUGAGCUCACCUGGUACCAGUAUCACAGCCUGGAUGUCCUGGCCUUCCUCCUCACCAUUGUUCUGCUCACCACACUCCUCUUCAUCAAGGCCUGCAGUUUCUGCUUGGGGAAGUGCUGUGGCAGAAAAGGAAAGACAAAAACUGAGUAGUGGAUUAAAAACUAAAAUACUUGUCCUGUUGGUCUAUAUCCUAGGUUUACUGGUCUAUGGACCACUAAUUCAUAACUUCAUAAGAGAGAUUGACAGCUUCUUUGUUGAAACUCAUUUUGCUUCGAUGGUCAUUUGAAGCUGAAGAGCAGGACUGUUCGACUUGAAAAACACAAUAAAACCUCUACAUUUCUCCAGUA